GGAGGUGCUGAAAGGGACUCCAUACCGCCCCCUCCGAAAACGCCUGGAAGAAUUGCGCUCCGCCAGUGCGCCCUGCCUGCCAGUCGGAGGAUGGGGAUUGUUCUCCCCCCCCCCCCACCCACACUCAUCCACGUCCCCUUUUUCCCUCCUCCCUCUCUCAGACAAGCCAGUCGGUCUGUCAACGUGCUGCGAGCAUUAGGGCAAGUCAAACCAGUGGGACUCUGAGGCGGAGAGACGCGCGAGAUAACGAAUGAACGCGCUUUCCUGCGGCGGAGACGCGGCACGUCCAGCUCUCCAGCUCUCCGAGUGAUGCGCGACACCAGAGACACCAGAGACGCGUCGACCUCCGGCAGACACUGACGCCUUCGACACACAGAGUUUCACGUUGGCGACACGAGAGUGGAAAAUGCUUUUCUAGCUUCUGCGGUUUGUUCCUCUCGCAGCUCUGGGAUCUAUCGUCGAUUUGGACCCAUAUUUUUGCCCUUUUUUUCUUUUAAGUUUGUUUUGUUGUUGUUUUUAAUUUUUAAUUUUCAACGAAUCCGUUGCUGAAGGAUUUACGGAUUUACCAACCGUGUUCAUCCUGUAUAUAUAUAUAUAAUACAUAUAUAUAUAUAUAUAUUUUUACAAGGAGGAGAAUAAGGAUAGAACGCGCACUGACCGAGCCCACCGAGCAUCAACAUGUCUUUAUGGGGAUGGAGCUGUGGACACGAGUGACAUCGGCUCCAUAUUAAACGCGUCACCCUCCCAGUCCUGGGCCCGAUCUCGACGGGUCCCUGCCCGACGCACCGACAGCGAGUCGCCCCGGUCCCCGCCGGACAUGUCGGGACGCAGAUCUUCUGGCGAGGGAACACGGUAAUGGGAGAGAAAUCACAGAGAGUCGACUCCGAGAACAAGGGAACACUGUUCGCGGGGAAGAGACAAUUAGGGCGCAGCGAGAGGCAACAGAAAUAGAUCUUGGAGUGGCGCUCCAUUUGCGCAAAACAAAACAAAAAAAAUCGACUCCGUCCGCGGAGUUCUACUUGUGCCGAGGAGCGACGAUUUGCAAAGAGAGAGAAAAAGAAAAAAGGAGGACUAAUGACGAAUUAAGGGGAAAGUCAUGUGGCUGGCACUGAAACAGUAACGAUCGCGGACGCGCAGACAAACCGUCCUUGUUGUGGGGUUUUUUUUUUGGGGAGAUCCAGGCGCGCGGAUUGAACAAGUUCGCCCCGCACGUCCGAGAGCGCGUCUCGUGGUCUGGACCCUGGACCCAGUGCGGUUUCAUCCCAUUUUGGAUCCAUGCGGUCUGACUGCCUCCACCUAUAAGCCUGCUCCGGCAUUGUUGGGGUUUUUUUUUUUUCCUUCUUCUUCUUCUUCUUUUUUGGUUCUUUUCUUGAUUGAGAGUCCCCAUUGCCCCCACCCCCCUGUUUGUGAAUGGGGCCACACACGCUCGGUGUCGGGGCCGAGAUGGCGAGGCGAGGGAACGGAUUGGGGAUCCUGCUGGUGUUCUUACUGGAUUUACUGGGGACGACGGCGAGCAACAUGGAGCCCAUCUACUGGAAUUCCCUGAACGAACGGUUCAGGGACGAUAAGGGCUACAUUCUGUACCCUCAGAUCGGGGACCGGCUGGACCUCAUCUGCCCCCCGCUGGACACCGCCAGGUCCACGCCGGACUACGAGUUCUACAAGCUGUACCUCGUGGCGACGCGGGAGCAGGCGGACCGCUGCGAGGUGAUGGGCCCCCCCAACAUCGUGCUCACGUGCGACGAGCCCACGCGGGAGCGCCGCUUCACCAUCAAGUUCCAGGAGUUCUCGCCCAACCUCUGGGGCCACGAGUUCAAGAGCAUGCACGACUACUACAUCAUCGCUACGUCAGACGGGACGCGCCAAGGCCUGGAUAGCAUGAGAGGCGGAGUGUGUGUCACACAAGGCAUGAAGGUGGUCCUGAAAGUGGGACAGAGCCCAUAUGGACUGCCUCCGAAGAAGGAGCCAGCAGGACGCACCACCAGCAGAAACCCAGGCGCCGCAGGGAACUCAACUCAGUCUCAAAGGCCCAACAGCUUUGGGAGUGAGGGCAGUGAUGAGAAUGGGCCCCUUCAACCCUCCAAUAUUGCCCUCAUCGCUGGCGCAGCGGGGGGAUCCGCCUUUCUACUGCUGGUGACUGCCGUCAUCUGCGUUGUGUGCUACAGGCGGCGACACGCCAAGCACUCGGACACCCACCACCCUCCACUGUCGCUGUCCUCACUCACCAGCCCCAAGCGUGGCGGCGGCGGGGGCCUCUCCAGCUCCAACAACAAUGGCUCCGAGCCCAGCGACAUCAUCAUCCCCCUGCGGACGUCGGACUCAGCCUACUGCCCGCACUAUGAGAAAGUGAGCGGGGACUAUGGACACCCCGUCUACAUCGUCCAGGAGAUGCCGCCUCAGAGCCCAGCCAACAUCUACUACAAAGUAUGAGACGGGCGCUACUCCGGCCGACUGGACACACCCACCUCCCUCCACCCAUUAACAACAAAUUCCCUGCUCCAAAUGAAGCCACAGCAAAGCUUGCCACCACAGCUCCGACCCUGAACCCCUCGAUACUACCAGUAUUGCCACGUGGACCCCACUCACUGCCCCGUGAGCCCACAGCCCUGGCCCCCGGUCGUGCUUCUAGCUGACUACAGCACCCCACCCCUAUUCUCACACAACUGGGCCACACCGUGUGUGUUAAGGGCAAUGUCGUAGCCGCACAUAGCCCUCCUUAACAAGGCCCUCACAAAUGGGCAAGAGCCUCUGAGUGCCCCCUUCGCGUUAACUCAGAGCCAAAUGAGCCCCGCCCGUGCUGAAUAGAAGAGUUGUUUCCCAAAAACGCCAGAGUGUAUGUGCGCAACGCACUCUUUUUCUAGGAGUAUGGACCCGGUGUUGGGACUUAAAAUGUUUAGAAAAAAAAUUGAAAAGAAAAGAACUGUAACAGCAGCAGCAACAACAACAACAGCAAAAACAACAAAAACUUCACCCCUGAACCCACUUAGCGUCGGAGAACUCGGACUCCCGGAGGCCACACCUGCCUAUUUCACCUUUCUGCCCCUCAGAGCUCCAUCAGCCAACAAGAGACCGGCCCCUGCCACUAACUCACCAGUAGGAUUCGAGUUUGUCUGUGUUUGUUUCUGCUGAGGAAACAGGGGCCUCGGACUCGACCAAUCAGCAAGCUGGGCGACGGUUACAUGACCAGGCCCAGGCCUGAGGAGAUCUGACCAAGUGGUGACACUUAGAAUCUUGUAUAUUUUAAUAAUGUGUGUGUGUGUGUGUGUGUGUGUGUGUGUGUGUGUCUGAGUGAGUGUGCAUAGGUCUUGGAUAAUAAUUAUGGCGCUGCUGCUCCACAUUAGAUCUGUGUGUGCAGUUAGCGUGCUUCAGUAUAGAAGGUUGCAUAUGUGUGUGUGUGUGUGUGUGUGUGUGUGUGUGUGUGUGUGUGUGUGUGUGUAAGCUUUGUGUGUGGGUGAUUGUGCGCACGCGGCGCGUUCUUUAGACUUGUCUUAAAUACCAAAACACAAAAUAGUGAGCGAAUAUCAAAAAAAAGUGAGAUUUUUUUUUAUCGCUCUCAACACUUAUAGAUUAUAUAUAUGAAUAUCCAGUGAAUAAUUUCUAGAUGGUUUCUUCAGUUUUCCGUUUCAUUAUUUUUACCCCCUCUACACUUCUGUUGAUAGACAUUUUUAUCUGCUGUUUUGUUUUUUCACAACUUAGAACAACCUUGUUUCUAUUCUUUUCCCUUCGAUUGUAUAUUAAUUUAAUCCCUUUUUUUUUUUACCUGGCGAACAGAGGUUGUUUCUCCCUUCCUCUCUUCCCUCUCUCAUUCACUCCCCCACCUCCCCCCCCAAGGGUCUCUGAACUCUGUGUAUAUUUUUAUAGCUCCUUGUACUAUGCUGUAGUUUUGAAGUUUAGACCUCGUUUGUGGAAGUGUUGAGGUAGAACCAUCUAUGAAAGUUGUUUCUUUUUUUUUUUCAAACGCUUUUUUUUGAAACGCAGAAGUGAAAAGAAGUGAGGGGCACGGGGGAGGUGCGGCGAGAGGGGAUGAAAUAAAAAAGAAGAAUAAAGGAAAAGGAACAGGGCAAGAGAGAGUGCUGUCUGGGGAGGAGGAAUAAAGCGGCGUCUGAAUGCAGAACUUUAAAAAAUAAAAAGAGAGAAAGGGAGGGCGGCGAGGAGAGAAAAGACUGUGAAGGAAUUGCACACUGAAGAAAAAGAAGAAGAAGGGAGGGGAGAAUGGGAGCGGCAGGAGUGAGAGAUGAAGGAUCCCAAGGAAGGAAGGAAGGAUGGAGAGCACAGAUUAAAGAGUGGCUGGUGAAGGAGAGUCACCUGUUCUUCAAAUGGAGGGUGUGAGGGGACGGCGGUCAAAGGGGAUUUUCGGAGGAGCUGAACUCUAACCGUGGAAAGGAGAGAUCUCUCUCUCACACACACACACACACACACUCGCACACAUCUCCUGGUAAACUCUGUCACACUUUACGUUAACGCGAGGUGGCACGUUUCAGAUUUGAUCCUCGUUUUGGCCAAAAUUGGUUGUGUUGAAAUGCAUCUCUGUGUGUAUCUCUCUCUCUCUCUCACACACGCACACACACACACACACACACACACACACGCACACACACGCACCCUCUCAUUUAUUAUAAAAGCACACACAGUACACUGCGAGCUGCGGACCCACACAAGAGAUAACCCCCAGGCUGUUUGACUCACACACAUACACACACACACACACACACACACACACACACACCCUCCCACGCAUCCCAACACAAAUUUCACACCUUCUAAUGACUGUCACAAAUGCCUCGUGAUUGCAUUCGACGACAUACAUUCUCUCUCUUGCUCCCGCGUGCCCUCCCACAGACACAUUCGUGCGCGCACCCUCUUCACCCACACACGCGACAAAAAAAACGCCAAUUUCUUUCACAUGACUCGGUGUUUCUGCGAUCGAGACUCGCCCAAUGGACACGGGAGGGAUGAAGCGAGGGCCGGUGUGCCGUGUGUUUUUGUCUCCUCUCCUUUUUUCGCGCACCCUCUCGUCCCUCGCGCAAAAACGCACACUCACUCACACACACACACACCAGUGCCCAGCACCUCAACCCUGGAGGGCAAUAACACAACACUGUGUUCAGAGGUGCAAUAUGUUCUCAUGUGCAUACUAAUAAAAGCUGUUUUGUGUUGCUCAAA